CACUCACUUCUCAUGUGGCCACAUCUGAGAGCAGUUGAUCGCUGUGACAAGAUCUCAACAAUUACAAUAGUAGGCCUGUCAAACUCAUUCAGAUAUUUAAGAUGAGAGGAUACUUACUUGGAAUACUUGUACUUUUGAAACAUUGCAUUUGUGGUGAUGAUGUGAACUUUGAUGGAGACAUCAAGGACUUUGUAGUUGGUAAAAGUAAGUUGUUCGUUCUUACUGACCAUCGACUACAUCAGAUGAGACUCGAUCUUUCUGAGGAGAAGAAGAAGGACAUCAAUAAUGCCACUCAUCAAAACAGAGUCAACAUUCUGGUGCCUUUUGAUGACAACGACACCCUGAUAACCUGUGGGACAUUUAGAGAUGGAUACUGUGAAGUUCUUGACCUCAAUGACAUCACAAAGAGCAUUUACUAUGAAAGUGGAAUAUCAGUAGGACCAAAAAGACCAAAAAAUAAAUCUAUUGCGUUCAUUGCAGGUCCAAGUACCAGCAGGUACCUUUUAGUUGGGAAAAAGGACGAUGAAAAAUCUCCGUAUCCUGUUGUUAACUUGUGGAACACUUUACAGUCUCAGUUUCAGGGAAUUUUCAACAACAUAGAAGAAGGAAUACACCCCUCCAUUCAGAGCACCGCGAGCGAUGUGGAGUUUGUUGACGGAUUUCAGAGAGUUUCGCCCUCAGAGUCGUACUUGUUUCUCAACGCAAAGAUUGACUCGGAGAGUAAAGUGCACGUCCUGUGGAUGGACAGCUCUAAAGAUAAAAAGACAGAAAUCUUCAAAUCCCUACAGGCUGCAACGAUACAGUGCUGCAAUGAUAAAGCUCGUCCAGAGCUCGUCGCCUCCACCGUUAUUCCCUCAGUGAACGGCGUUAUUUGGGCAGGUGUGUUCAGUGCGCAGAAUCAGCAGGAUCCGGAGAACACCGCGCUGGCUCUGUACGCCAUCAGUACAGUUCGAGGAAGAGUGAAGGGUUUCUGCACUGCUGGUGACAAGAUAUGUGGUUCUGAGAGUGGUAGUGCACUUCAUCCACUCUCUGUGGUGUUCAAGUACAGCUCAAUGUCAUCAGUGGCAGCAGUUAGAAAAGGAUCCUGGAUUGUGAUGUUCAUAGGAACCAGUGAUGGACAACUGAUAAAGCUUAUGUUGGAUGAGAAAUUCACACCAGGCUGUCCAAUAGUGCUGUACAAAUCUGAUGAUGAACGAGCAGUGCUUCCCAGAAUGCACUUUGAUCCAGUAGAUUUCAAACAUAUCCUCAUCGCUCUGAGGAAACAGCUCAGAAGAGUGUCUGUGGUUCAGUGUACUAAGUUCAGCUCUCUGAAAGACUGCAGAGCUGCUCUGGAUCCUCUCUGCGGCUGGUGUGUGAAAACACAGAGAUGCUCCACCCAAGAUGAAUGUUCACAAUCUUCAUGGAUGUCCACCCCAAAAGACUCUCUUCAGAAACCUCUGGUUUCUUUUCAGGCUUGGGCUGACAAAUCUUCCAGAAAGAUUACUCUACAUCUCGCCUUGAGUCUGGAGAGCACAGGAAAUCCCGUCUUCUCAUGUUCCUUCACCACAGGAAGUGUGAAUCUGUGUGACGGGUCUGAUCUGACUGCUGUUUUCCCAAACUGCUCCUGUAGUAUUUCUGACCAGCAACUAUAUACUGGAGGUUGGUUCUCUGUCAGCGCACCUUGUAGUGUACUUCAUAUUUUAAAAGUAUUUUUUUUAAAACUGUACUUGCAGAUAAUAUGUAGAGAACACUUCCAUGACUAAACUCUUGUCACACUUAAGUACACUUAAAAAGUGCACUUUGUAAUGAUGUCAAAUAAAAUAUUUUACUUUAAAGUACAUUUUAAAUAAUUGUUAAUAAAGUCAAGUACUUGAUUUAAAUUUGAACUGUAGUUUGUCAUUCAAUACGUAAAUAUGUUGCAUCUUCAUCAUUACAAAUGUGCAAUUACAAUUA